UUGGCUCUCCGUUCCAUAUUUUAUGUUAGUUCUCUACUGUGCGAUAGAUAUCGAAAAUAUUUACGAGGAAUUUUGAGUUCAACACAAAGUGAUAUAAAAAUAUUUAAUUGAAAUUUUUUAAAUUGCAAUAUACAUACUCGUAUAUGAGAAAAUUUGUCAAUUUUAAAUAAAUAAUUUUAUAUACAAUAAAACGUAAUAUACUACAAUAAUAACCAGGAAAUAUUUUCAUGUUGAACUCUAUGUGAACGGUUCAAACAAAAUAAGAAAUGCUGCAACCAAAAAAUUAUUUUUAAAUAAACUUAAAGUAAUCUGUGAUGUGAAAUAUUUAAUAAAGACAAAAAUAAAUUUAAAUUAAUUAUGUUUUGCUUUUGGGUGCAAAUUUGCAAUCAGAAAGAUUACUCUAUAUCUAAAAAAAAAAGAAUUAACUAUUAGUUUUUGUUUUUGGAAAUUUGUGUGUUAUAAAUAAUUAAAUAAAAACAGAAAAGAGAAAACUCCUCUAAACAUGCAAUUAAACGAAAAACAAAGGAGGGGCAAUAAUGCCGGUGCCACCAACAAUAACAACAACAAUCAUCUCGAUGUACACCACAACAACAAUAACAGUGAUGUAAAGCCGCCUGGAAAUGCUUUGCAACGUUCUGCAACACUUCCCGCUAAUCCAAGACGAUUAGAUGCCCGAAAUCGUGUCACUUUUCUAAUCGGUUCACCGGGAAAAGCUGGACCAGUUGAAAAAAGUAACAAAAAUAACCAACAUAUUCAUUACAAUAACAACGAUAACUAUUGUAUCGAACAAAACAACCAAAACAAUAAUUUUCUCAAUUCAAAAAUGACUUCCGAAGAUCUAUUGCAGCCGGGUCAUGUGGUUAAAGAGCGAUGGAAGGUUGCUCGUAAAAUCGGAGGUGGUGGCUUUGGUGAAAUUUACGAAGGUCAAGAUCUAAUAACCCGUGAACAGGUUGCCUUAAAAGUCGAAUCAGCACGACAACCAAAACAAGUUCUAAAAAUGGAAGUUGCUGUCUUGAAAAAACUCCAAGGCAAAGAACAUGUUUGUCGAUUUAUUGGGUGUGGUCGAAAUGACCGAUUUAAUUAUGUCGUAAUGCAACUGCAAGGAAAAAACUUGGCUGAGCUGCGCCGUGCCCAGCCUAGAGGAGCGUUUUCUUUAAGCACAACACUUCGACUAGGAUUACAAAUUCUCAAAGCUAUCGAAUCAAUUCAUUCGGUUGGCUUCUUGCAUCGUGAUAUUAAGCCGAGUAACUUUUCGAUUGGUCGAUUGCCAUACAACUGCCGGCGUGUAUACAUGUUAGAUUUUGGUCUAGCACGUCAAUACACCACCGGAACCGGAGAAGUACGAUGUCCUCGAGCGGCAGCUGGAUUUCGUGGAACUGUACGCUAUGCUUCGAUAAAUGCCCAUCGAAAUCGUGAAAUGGGUCGACACGAUGAUCUCUGGUCACUUUUUUAUAUGCUAGUCGAAUUUGUCAAUGGUCAAUUGCCUUGGCGAAAGAUUAAAGACAAGGAACAAGUUGGUCUAACCAAAGAAAAAUAUGAUCAUCGAGCACUACUCAAACAUCUUCCAUCCGACUUGAAGCAAUUUCUCGAACACAUACAGUCGUUGACUUAUGCUGAUCGACCCGAUUAUAAUAUGUUGAUCUCAUUGUUCGAACGCUGUAUGAAAAGACGAGGCGUUAAAGAAUCCGAUCCAUAUGACUGGGAAAAAACUGAUGUGGUUAUUGGUAGUGGUGGUGCAGCAUCUGCUUCUCAGGUCAAUAAUGUCCUAGUACAGACCAAAAAUGAAUACGUGCAUGGAAAUGUUACACAAAUGACUGUUGCUGCUUCAAAUGCUAGCGGAACUGAAUAUAUAAGAAGAAGAAAUGAGGUUGACACUGUGCAUUUAGCAUCGACUGAACCUGCCAAUCAUCUUAAAGAUAAGGUUGAUAAAAAUUGUAAUGCAACAACAUCGCCACAUAAUGAAAUUAUUCAAAAUGCUGGUGGCGUUAACCAGAAUAACAGUUGUCAGCACCAAAGCACCCAACCGCAAGAACAACAUCUGCAGCAGCACCACCACCAACAACAACAUCAAUUUAAUUCGAAAGCAAUGCCGAAUGUUGUUGGUGGUGUUACUGCAGCAGUCGCUGCAACAGCAAUUAUUUCCAAUGAUCCGCAGGCUCAGCAUAUAUCUGCUGCAGCAAAUGCGGUUAUUUCAAAACCUAGUAAUCAAGUAACAUCGGUUUUACCAAAUGUAUUACCAAAUGUUCCUUUAAAUCCAGCCUUGCUACAUCAAAAACAACAUCACCAACAACAUAAUAAUUCGGCUUCCCUUCCUCCAAUGUCCCAUCAAGGUGUUCCAAUAGAUGCCUUGAUUGAUUCGGGUGCUAGUAAAUCUACAAAAUUCCAAGGUUUAAUUUCUAUGGUUGGCAUACCAUCUGCAGAUCUUCAGCACAAUUUUACCCCAACAACACCCGGAAAUGGUGGUGGCGGUGGUUCCUUAACAGGUGAUAUUGCACCGAAGAAAACAUAUUCUACAACUACAAUGACUGAUGGAGGAGGUGUUGUUGGAACAACAAAUCCAAAUGGAAUAAGUAGCCCUGCCAAAGCACGACGAUCCACAUCACAGAUUGAUCAAACUGAAACUGAAACUCAUGCAAAUGAUAAUGUGAGUGCAGCAGUUGGUCAUAAAUCUCAAGAUAAAUCUACCUAUGGAAGAUUGCGGGUCCUCACAGCUCCACCAAGUUGCGUACAUGAAUUAAUAGCUUCAGAGACUGGAUCGCCAAGAGAAAAUGAAGUAUUUCCUUUCUCUUUCGAUGCCAAUAAAAGUUCUGAUUAUGUGCGAAGCAAUCGAAAUUAUCAAAGUGCUGCUGAAACGGCUGUCAGUGGUCGUGCUGCGGGUUGUGUAUCAAGUGGGGGUGGUGUUGUAAGUGCUGGUGGAAGUGCUGGUGGUGGUGGCAGUGCUGGUGGAGGUUCGGCAAAUGCCAGCAGUGCUGGCGGCUGUGUUUCAGGUCGUCGGUCUAAUCUUAGACCAUCUCCUGGUACUGGAACCGGUUCAACUCAAAGACUUAGUGGUGGUACUACUCGAGAUCAUUCGGUGACACAAUUUGCACUGAUAGAUGAUGAAAAUGUAUCGGCACUACAACAAAUGACUAAAGGUGGUGGUGCUUUGACUCUAGCUUCUCAAUGGAAAAGUCAAUUUGAUGAUUCGGAAGAAACUACUGAUAAUGAGUGGAAACAAGAGCCACAGAGCCCUGAUCAUCGAGGUAAAAGUCAUUUAGUCUCACAAUCACAACCAAACUUAGUCAGUAAGCAACCGACCUCGCGAAAACGUGAUGCUAAACGGAAAAAGUGCAAUCUUAAUAUAGCUGGUAUUGAAAACUAUACAAAUUUGCAAGAAUCACUACCUCAUUGUUGGUCAGAGCCAGCGUUGGGUAAUAUAUUGCGCAGGGAUCUUGAACCGCCUGUCAUACAACAGGCUGCAUUCGAUUAUACAAUCUAUCGCAUGGAUAUCACUCGUAAUGUGUGCGUUCGUGAAAUUUGUUCGGAUAUUACAAAUGCAACAGCCGCUUCAGCAGCCGCAACUACAGCCAACAACAAUAAUGGUAAUGUGGGGCAUAUAUUAACAUCAAAACAUCGUAAUAGCCUACCAAACGUUGCAUUUCUUGAUUUUCAAGAACUUCAAAUUGAUGGCACAUUGAAUCUCCCAGUUAAGGGCAACGAUCACGUUGCAGGAGCUGUGGAUGGACCCGUAGCAGGUUCGGCUACAGUUUUAAGUGGUGAUAGUCUAAAACUGUUAUCGUCAGCUAAUGUAUUUCAAUCGAAUUGUGAGCUCAAAUUUAUUCCAUGGAAAGUUGAGACAACCACAACACAAACUACAACAUCGACGCCCAAUAAUCAUCAACAACAACAGCCUCCUCCUUUACCUGCUCCUCCUCUGUCGUAUUCUUCUUCUGAGCAACAGCGACAACAGGAUCAAUGUGCGGCCGCCACUACAUCUAUAUCAGCUGUUGGUAAUAUUGGUGGCGAAGAAACUACUAACGAUGACGGUUGUGCUGUAAGUGGUCGUUUAGAAAUCAGAGUGAUUCCACAAGAGAGUCCAAAUCCUGAUGAAUCUGUGUAUUAUGAUGCUUUAGCAGCAACAACAACUGGUUCCACACUUAAUAACCCAAUAUUUCACCAACAGCAUCCAACAUCCACUGCAAAUUUGAAUAAAACACCACAAGCACAACAACAAACAAACAAAAGUAAUAAUAGUCAGCGAUCAAUACUAGUAGCAAAUAGUAGUAAAAAUGUAACUUCUUCGAGCUUAGCUCAUGUGAUAGCCGGUAGCAGUUGUAGUGAUACAGCAGCACCAGCAGUUGCAGAUGCUCCUAAAUUUAAAAAAUACAAAAUUAUACGAGCACCUAGUUUUAGUGAUAUAAAUGAUACAGCCACAGAAAUUACUGUUGAUGAUGGAGCACAUGAUGGAGGUGGAACUGCACCCUUAGCUGAUGAUCUCAUAAAAACCGCAAUACAGUUUAAAGGACGAAAAUCAAGAUUAUCAUCCUCGUUAGUUAUUGACGAUUCAACACAAAUAACUUCUGCAAAUUCAGUACACACAACAACUACAACAAUCACCGAAACAACAACAGGAACAACAACAUCAACAGGUACAAUAGGUGAUUCCUCAGCAUCGCCCGCACCAGUACCUGCAAAUGGUUGCAUUGCACUUGGUGCUAGUAAAAUUCCAAUUUUAAAUCCCAAUUUACGCCUAUCCAAGUGUGCUUCAUGGGCUGGCUGUGAUGCCACCGCUGCGGCCAAUUUAUUUGCCAAUCAAAACGCUGUUGUUGGUCAAAGCGGUGGCAAUAAUAGUGAUCUUGUUGGUGGGAGUGGUGAGGGUAAUAAUAUAAGUGGUGGUGGCGUUAGUGGUUUUCUCAUUGGCUGUCAAAAUCCUGAUUUUGCGGAUAUAACAACAGGACCACGAAGACGUCGUCAAGUGGAAAAAUAUAUCACAGAUCCAUCCCAAUUAAAUUUAAGAUUUGCCCUUCCCAGAUCUCGAAAUGCUUGCAGGACUCAAAGUAUUCCCACACAUCUCUUGGGGCAAUUUGAUGAUCAUUCAUCUGAUAAUAGCGAUGAGAAGUCAUGUAAUCAGCAUCAGCAGCUACAGCAGCGUAGUUUACAACAUGCAACCGUCAGCACAUUAGCCGUCGAACAACAACAGCGUCACAAUAACAAGUCUGAACAUUUGACUGAGUUAUCGAAUAGUAAAAUUUGUCCUUCACCGGCAACUCACAUAUUAGUAAGUCGCAAUGGCAGCAGUAGUGAAAUUGAUGCAACAACAGCAACCGGAGUACACCAUCUUCAUCAUUCAUUCGUUGGAACUAAUAGUAAAUUUGAAAACAAUCAAGAUUUAGAUGUUUAUAGUACGUUAGCAAGAGAUCAAAGCCUUGCUGCUGCCGAGGCCAUUAGGAAUGAUAUUACACCGCCCCCAGGUGCACCUAAACUUGAAAAUAGUGCACGUUUAAGACGGUAUCGACACAAUUUAGAAUAAAAAUUAAAAAAAGUAACUAUGAUACAUAAAGAUCUAUAAGGGAAACUGCAAAAUUUGUAUUGGUAAAUUGUAGAAAAAAAAAGACAAAAGCAAAAGGGAAAAUUCAAUUUGGCCCGUUUGCUAAAACCAAAUUAUUCAUAUAGAGAAACUUUAGAACAAAUUUUUUAUUUUGACAUUCUGCCUUUUAUUGAACUAUUGCAAAGUUAAAUAUGUGAGAAACGUGUUAACAAUUAACACAAAAAACCUUGAUAUUUAUGAUUGUAUAAGCGAACGGGCGGUCGUUAAGAAACCUACUUUUAUGUCUUAUUUUUUUUUAUAAUUUAUUAACUUGUGAGAGUCCGUGUACCCAUUUUCCCAAAAGAAAGCGCCCCUAAAAUUUCUCUCAUGAACAUAGUUUAAAUAUAAUUGAUAGAAACCCCAUAAAUAUAAAUUUUCCUAAUUAAAUAAAGUAAUAUAUAUAUAUAUAUACAAAUAUUUAAUAAAAUAAAGAUAAUUUACUUUCCGAAAUCUCGUUUUACAUAAUAAAAUUUAAAAAAUAUAGAAAAAUAAUGCCUAAGAAUGAAACAACCAAACUUUUCCAAGAAAAAGUUCAAACAUAAAUUUAUGCAAAACACAAAACUGAUUAAAACUAACAACAAAAUAUUCAUAACAUCUAAAUCUUUUACGGUGGUUAUUUGAAAUGUUUGUAUUUUUCAAAUUGACUCGCAGUUUUCAAAUAUUCAUCGCUCAUUUACAAAAUCGCAUUAACUUUUUUUCUAUAAUCAGGUCAGUAAAGUUAUGUGAUUCUUAUGAUCAUUGCUGAUUGUACAAAAAAUAAGAGGUAGAGCAAUAGGGGUUUGCAUUUCGUUUUGAAAAACGAAUUUUACAAUUUUGUCUCAGACGCUUCUUAUCGUGCGUAAGCAGCUAUUUUUUUUAAUUUUUGCUGUUGUUCUGAAACAAAUUUGAGUCAUUGAAUUAAAUAUACAGUUUUAUUAAAAAAAAUCAUUGCCAUUUAUUUUUCUUUGUGCCGUUUUUUGAGUAUCGAAAACCCUUAGAGAUACAUUUAGCACUUUUAAACAUUUACUUUCACCUGUGCCGACUGAGUUAAUCUGACUUAUGCAAAAAUUGAAUUGUCAAGACCAAAAAAUAAUAUUCGGAGUCUCAUACCGUAGAAAAGAAAAAUAUAAUAAAAUUAAUUAAAACACGAAAUUAAAUCUUUCUAUAUAAGUUUUCAACAGUAAACAAAAUUGCACUGAGAAAAAAAGCAAAUAAGAUGAUUCUUAAAGCUUGCUUUAUAUUAUAUAAAAUAAUUAUUAUUCAAAAUUUUAAAAUAAAAGGAAAUGAUAAUUAUUAUUAUUAUUUAAAAUAAGAAGAGUAAAAAUUGCAAAACGAAGUUUUAAAACAAAUAAUUAUACAUUGUAAAAAGUCAAUAAGAAAACGACGACCCAAAUUUAAGAAAGCAUAUAAAAAAAUAAUUCAAAAGAUUUGUAAUACUCGUAACGUGAAAAUAAAUAAACUAAAAGAAUUGAUUUCGUAAAGUUAAAACUGAGGUUUACUUUUUUGUUAAAUUAUUUGUAAAACCUUUUUGUAAUUUUAUAAAAUUGUAUCAUAUUUUUAGUUUUUAAGUUUGAAAUUGAUAUUUAAAUCCUUAUUUUAACAAUAUUUUAUCACAAAUUGCUUUUAUUGUUUCAAUUUUAAAACUACUUAGGACAAAUAGAAUAGAAAAUGGGAGUACUCUUGUCGCUUUGUCUCCGAUCCUUUUCCUCAUUUUUAUAAAUGAUCUCCUGCCUGCAACUUCUAAUCCGAUUGAUUUUUUCGCUGACGAUAAGCUUUUUUUCAAAAUCGUUGUUAAACUCACAUCCAUCUUCUGUUUAAGUUGAACUGCAGCGAGAACAGAGACAUUCCCUUCUUGCCAUGUUCCAUGAGUUGGACUUCUAUCAACGAAACUGAACAUCACAAUAUUAAUGGUUGUGCAUCAGUGAUGUCGCCAAAAAUGGCACAAGGUGUUUGGUUUUUUUUUGAGACGAUGCAAAAAUUUGUCUCUUUCUACAACCUACAUACGGCCAAAACUUGAGAUAGCUUCAAUCUCUGCGAUGUUGCUACAGUAAUUUACUUAAGCCUCUUGGACAGUAUUCAAAGAAGAUAUUUUUGAACGAAUUGUGACGUUAAGAGCCUCGUCCUUUCUUACCGGACUAUGUUCUAGUGAAAUAGCCAGUUGCAUUCCUCCCCUUAAACAAUUCAUUCGUAAUACUCGCGCUUCCAGGGAUGCCCAUCAGUAAAUCUACCCUUGUGCCUAACUUCGGCUAUACUAUAUGAAUUAAAUGUGUGCUACGCGAUUGUCAUACAAUCUUUCUCUGUCAUAGCAAUGUUCAAGAAUUUAAAAUCAAUGUAUAACGACACUUCCUUCUUAACGAAAAAUCUGUUAUUAUGACUUUCUGUUCCACUUGGCUUGCGCAAGUAGUCUAAAAUAUAUUAACGGUCCUAAAAUGUACUUCUUUCCUAUCACCUACAUACAAAUUCGUUUUUGUUUGGCCUGGACCAAGGUUUGACACCUAUUUUAAUAUACGUGAUUUUUUAAAUGUUUCUUUUAUAGACGCUAGUUUAGGUUUAAAUUAUUAAUAUAAUAAAUUAAUUUGACUUAUUAGAAUAAGUUUUUAAAAUUGAUACAUGUUUAGAUAUUUUGUGCAAAAAUAGACAGAACAUAAUUUAGAAAGAAAAUUGUACCUUAAAUAUGUUGCUUACAUGUAUACUUACAUAAUUAAGUAAAUUAAGUUAGAAUGACUAUUUAUUUGUAAAAAAGCAAAAAUCAACAAAGCAAUUUAUAAGAUUCGGAUUUUAUUGUGAUAAUUUAACAAAACAAAAAAAUGGAUAAAUAAAUAAAGAAUGAUGCAAAAAAAAAAACAAAAAAAGAAAAGAAACCUAAAAUAAAACAAAAUAAUAAAAUCCAAAUAAUAAUCUUAAGAAUAAAGAAAAAAUUAAUCUAUGAACUGAAAGAAAUAACAAAGUUUUUGUUUUUUAAUUUAAUCGAGUCUCAUAAUUUUCAUUGCAAUAUACACGUAAAUAUUUUAUUAUCAAAAUUAUUGUUAUUAUCGAACCAUUUGUAGAAAAAAGAAAGUAAAAUACAAAAAAAUGUUAUAUAUGUAAAUAGUGUUUUCUGCUUAGAAAUCUAAACAAAUUAAGCUUCCUUAAACAAACAAAAUGAAAAAUACAUAAAACGAACCUGAUAACCAAAGGCAAGAAAUAUAGUAGUUAUAUUAACAUAAAUAACUCAGAAACAAAUAAAUAUUGUUCGUAAAAAAAACGUAAAAAAGUUCGUAAGUGCAUUUCCUAAUUUUUUUCGAAAAUAAAAAAUAGAAAACUGAAUACAAAAACAAGAGGAACCGGACAGAUAUUUAAUUGAAACAAAAAAAAUAUGUUAAAACCACACAUUUGUUUGUGUUUUGACAGUUUCCAGUCAUAAAAUCUAUUUUAACAUUUGCUUGAUAAAUUGAACAAAACCAAAAGAAUAUUUAACCUUGCAAAAAUCAUAAUUUAGUUAAUUAUACCAUUUUAACUAGGAAUCGUAAGAAAAAACUAAAUUGAGGUUCUCAUAAAAGAAAUUGCUUAAAUCAGAUACAAAAAUUAUAAUACAA